GAAACAGAGAAAGAAAGAGUACGCAACACACACAUCCAUGAUAUUGAGAAUAAUACUUGGGUGCCUGGUGUCGGCUCUGGAGCCAGCCACCAUAACGUGACACCAAAUUCUCAUUCUGGCGCGCGUCCUCACAUCCCCACAGUUACCACUAUUCCUCUUUUCUUCUUCAUCUUCUUCUUCUUCUUCUUGCAUUUACAUCAACUCUUCUCCCAACCCAUAAAAAAAAUAAAAAAAGUUCGUAUUUUCCCUCCCAUGAUCGACCCUCAUGGUCACAGACUCCAAGCCCAUCAUUCCCCGGCGCGGCCUCGUCGUCGGCAACUACUGUCAUGACGUCCUCCACCGCGACGGCGAGACCGUCGCCGAGACCCUCGGCGGCGCCGCCUCCUUCAUCUCCGUUAUCCUCGAUGCCCUCUCCCUUCCCUUCCACACCGUCUCCAAGGUGGGCCCCAACUUCGCCUACACCGCCGACACAUCGAAUCACCCCCCGUUAAUAAUCCCAACCUCCCAAACCACGCUCUUCCACGCUCACUUCGGUUCGGGCCACCCGGACCGCCUCCUGAACCGCGUCCGAUCCUGCGAUUCAAUCCAACCCACCGACCUCCCGGACCAACAACCCCGGUUCGGGUUCGGACUCGCGGUCGGGGUCGGCGGUGAGAUUCUCCCGGAGACAGUGGAAAAAAUGCUCUCGAUCUGCGACCACGUGUUCGUGGACAUUCAGGCUCUGAUUCGCAGGUUCGACAACAUCAACGGUCGCGUGAGCCACGUGGCGCUAAGAGAGAGCGGGUUCUUCCACCUCUUGCCGCGUGUGGCGUUUCUCAAGGCUUCUGCGGAUGAGGCCGUUUUUAUUGACGUGGAGGAGGUGAGGAAGUGGUGUUGCGUGGUCGUCACGCACGGGAAGGAUGGUUGCGAGGUGUUUUGUGAAAACGGUGCGUUUAAGGUGGCGCCGUUCGAGGCUGAUCAGGUUGAUCCCACCGGCGCCGGGGACUGUUUUCUCGGCGGGUUUGCGGCGGGGAUUGUGAGGGGCCUGGCCGUGCCUGAUGCGGCUCUGUUGGGGAACUUCUUUGGAUCCAUUGCUGUGGCGCAAGUGGGACCGCCCAAGCUUGACUUCAACUUGAUUCAGAUGGUUAAGGAUGAGAUGCACAAAAGGAAGCUGCAGGAUAUUCCCUUCUUAGAAAGAAGAGAUGAGUCGCCAGGGUUUCAGAAGCCACCUGAACAAGAUCAAUUCUAUGCAUCUCUUGUUACUGCCAAAGCCAUAAUUACUUGCCAGAUUCAAGAAUCUGGUCGGAAUCUGCUAAGCUCUCCUAAAGUGUUUGAGCAAAAUAAUGCAAAGACAAGACUUUCACUGGCUUCUGUGCACGAGGAACCAAUUCCAAGCGUUGAUGGUAAACCCUAAUAUGGGAUGGUUGGAGUUCCAAAUCUCACUGUAACUCUCCAGUGCCCUUCCUUUUCAUAUCAAAAAUAGAGAUUUCUUAACAUCCAGGAAUCUGUCAAUUUAUGGUGCCUUUUCCACACCUAGUCUCACGUGCAGCCUAAUUUGUAGUUCUACUUGUACCAAAUUACUAAUAAAUUAUUCUUAAAAAGAAAAUCGAGAUUGAAAUUCCAUUCA